AUGACCACUGUGCACAGCAAUGAUAUUGUUGAUAUCAAACUCGAGGCGGCACCCACCCAAUAUGUACUGAUGGACUGCAAGCUCAUCGCUUCUGCGCUAUCACGCUGGGAUAUCAUUGAAGUUAGUACCAGUGACCCUCGAAAAUCAGACUCCCUUCAAGAAAAGAUCGCCCGCGCAACUCUCUUCACCGCUAUCACAAGGCACAUCGCCAAAGACACGAUCCUCAUCAUAGACGGAAUGAAUUACAAUCAAGGGUUUCAGGCCCGAGAGGCUGGAGUAAGGGUCGCUACGGUCUAUGUACUUGCUGCGCCUGAUCAAUGUCGGAAAUGGAACGAUGAACCAGGAGAUGGCAAGGGAUAUAAACCUCAAACCCUCGACGCCCUCAUCCAACGCUUUGAAGAGCCCUUAUCCAUGGUCCGCUGGGACGCUCCACUCUUUACCAUCCCCUGGGAUGACCCAACACUCCCACUCGAACGCAUAUCAGAUGCAGUCACAACUGCUAUCGUCAAACCACCCCCAAACGUCGGCACCCAGAUCACACCAAAAGCACCCACAGACACGCUCCGCAUUCUGGAGCAUACGACAAACGCACUGGUUUCUGCGCUCAUGGCUGCUCAGGCUGCUGGCCCACUGGGGGGACCUAUCGUCCUCACCAUCGAUUCGCUUGAGCAUAGCUCGGAUACCAGUGCCACUGAUGAUAGUUCUGUUCUCCGUGUUCGCUUAACACUCCCGCAUCGUGCACUGACGCUGUCAGAGCUGCAAUGGCCCAAGCGCCGAUUCGUGGCUGCGCGCCGGAAAGCUGUGACAUUGGGAAGCACGGAAAAAGGCAGGGUGGAGUGGGGAGAGGAAGGCGUGGGACGUACAUUUGCAGAGUUCUUAGAGAAGGGGUUGGGUGUUGCGAGGUGA